AUGAAUCUGUCGGGCGAUAUAAGACAAGACUUAUGGCAAAAGGUACACACAGACCUAUGGUAUAGACAUGAAGAAACCUUUGCACUAGUUGCAAAGUUAAACACCGUCAGAGUCUUGUCCCUUGCAGCUAAUUUGGAUUGGUCACUACACCAGUUUGAUGUAAAGAAUUCUUUUCUACAUGGCGAACUCACAGAGGAGGUGUACAUGGACAUUCCUCCUAGAUAUAAUACUACUCAGACUAGAACAGUUUGCAAGUUACGAAAAGCAUUGUAUGGAUUGAAACAGUCACCACGUGCAUGGUUUGGACGGUUCACUGUGGCAAUGAAGAAAAAUGGUUUCAAAGAGUGUAACUCAAAUCAUACUCUGUUCUUGAAACAUCGGAAAGGGAAGGAUUUAGGUGGACUCAAGUAUUUCUUGGGAAUUGAGGUGGCUCAAUCGCAGCAAGGCAUAUUUCUCUCUCAAAAUAAAUAUGUCUUGGACUUGUUGACAGACACAGGAAUGCUAGAUUGCAAACCUGCAGACACUUUUAUUGUUUAUAAUCAUCAUCUUGGUGAAUAUCCAGAUCAAGUUCCAACUAACAAAGAAAGAUACCCAAGGUUAGUGGGAAGAUUGAUCUAUUUGUCACAUACUCGACCAGACAUUGCUUAUGCGGUGAGCGUUGUCAGUCAAUUUAUGCACUCUCCAAGUGAAGACCACAUGAAUGCAGUUCUUUGGAUUCUUAGAUAUUUGAAGUCUGCACCUGGAAAAGGACUUACGUUCUCAAAGCAUGGUCAUCUAAAUAUUGAUGGUUAUUCAAAUAUAGAUUGGGCAGGUAAUUUAACAAAUGGAAAAUCCAUAUCGAGUUACUUCACAUUCGUGGGAGGUAAUUUGGUGACAUAG